AUGGGCGUGGAGGUGGCUAUGGGAGAAAGGGGAGAAAUAGGUACAGAGAUAUGGGCGUGGAGGCUGCUGUUGGAAAGUGAGGGAGAAGGUAGAGGAGCCAUGAGGCAUGGGCGUGGAGCCCCUGAUUGGGUUUAUUGCGAUAGAGGGAAACGUACUCAUCCCCAGUAUCCUCUUCCUCCUCGUGAUGUUGGACAUUCAAAAGAAAUGGGCAGUAAGGAACGCAUCUUGGCCCCUCAUACACGUUGGAAGCAGCGAUGGGCAGUGUUGGACAAAUUAUCUCCUGUGGCAGACGUCUUGCAGCUCCAGCUCUACAGGGACAGCAGGGAUAGAGCCAAGGGCGCCGCCACCAAGGCCACUCUCGCCCUUCAGAAUGUUCUCGCCCUUGAGACAGGAUUCACCCUAGACAAGGAGAGCUACACCUUGGGGCUCCUUUGUAAGGACGUGACCCUCGUCAUCGCCUUCGACACGAGAGAACGGCUUCUCCAAUGGCAGGUGAAGAUGACCUCGACGCUCGGGGAAGAGCAACAGUUUCUGGUGCAGGUGUUGCAAGUUCCACCGAGGUCGCGAGUUUCGGCCGGGCCAGCGCGCAUGCACGUCAGGGACCACCGAUUCUGCCUGACCACUGGCACCCCCCCGCGACUGCUGGCUGCCUGGUCAACCCAUGACCUCAGGCGUUACGGGGUGGUGGAUGGGCGUGUGGUGUGGGAGGGGGGCUCCCGGUGUGGGAGGUGGAUGGGCGUGCACGUGGCCCUCUCCGACGCCCCUCAUGCCGUGACCCACGCCAUCGAUCAGGCCGCCCGAGGACUCUUGGCUCAGCCCAGAUCCAGACCGCCCACGGCUUCAGGUUCAAGGGCAGAGAGCCGCACAGAGUUGUCUUGGCUGAGAGAAGUUAGCGUCAUGGACUUGAGUGAGACGGUGUCUCUGGCAGCUUCUGAUGCCAAUGCCACAGCCACCUCGCCGCGGGAUACCCUGCCUGACCCUCUCAAUGACAGCCACUAUUCAGAUGCCCACACGGCACCCUGGCCGCCUUGGACGCGCCGGUCGUCAUGCCAGAGUCAGUCUGUGGUGGCUUGCUCCACAGUGAGUAAAUCUGGUCCACCCCUCUGUAGUUCCGACGGGGAAGAAGGGGCCUGGUGGGCGGCUACGUGGGCGCGGGGGUCUUGGGAAGGCAUGACUGCCCCCUCCCCCACACCGGAGUCCCUGUACGACCACCCGCGCCCUCUAGGUAAUAUCCAGCAUCCAAAUAUGCACCCGUGUUAUCAUCAGCAACACAGAGGGGAGCAGAAUCAGCCGGAGUCUGGCGGGCAGAGCGUGACAAACCCACCUCGUGUAGCCCUCAAUCCCAUGGAUAACUAUGAUAUCCCACCACCACCACGAGUGCCCCCUACUGCUCAUUACGACACACCCAGGCGACUAGUCAUGUGUGAUGGAGGUGCAUCACAGAUCCAUACCUGUGAAGGACCUCUUCCGGGGGACUCAGUAGAUAGUGUGGCACCAUCCUCUGGGGUAUGGUGUGAGGGAGGUUUGGCAUCAGCUGCCCCUGGCUGUGGGCAAGUUCUUGGUUGGGCUGGAUCUUUAGUCUGUGGGAGGAAGGAUGAUGGGGACACAGCACAAGAACAGUUGAGAGUAGAUGGACAGGGUCGAAUGCCUGUUGUUGACGCAAAUACAGGUACAAUAUUACGCCAUCCACCCCCUCCACCAACACCACCGCAACAUAACCAGCCCUCGCAGCAACAGCCGCAAACAACACAGCAACCGGCAGCACUAUAUGCUGUUGUUAAUAAAAGGAAAAAGACCGGGAAGCCUCGAGCACCUACACCUCCCCCGACACCUCCUCCAACACCUCCCCCUCCCCAUCGUGAUCCCCCUACAGGCACUGCUCACGCUAAUUAUGAAAACUUGCAGUUUGCUGCCAGUCUGUCUCUGUAUGAAAAUGUAAAAGAUGUGAAAAUUGCUUCAAAUUCUUUGCAGGCUGGCACCCCAAUCAAUACCCAACCCUCUUCCGUAAUUGUUAAACCUACAACCAAUACCUCGAGUUCUACCAACAUGACAUCUCAGUUGCAGAUUACCUCAACUGCUACCAACAAAACUCCUACCUCGCCUGCAACAGGGGAAUGUAUUUUAACAGCUUCCACAGAUUCAAAAAUAGAUCCAGAGAGCCAUUACAUGGCAAUGGCACCCAGACCACCUGCCCCUGAUCCCCACUACCUCCCUAUGGGACCUUCUCAACCUUCUGCAGCAUUGGUGCCUUGUGAAUCACUCACAGAUGAAGGUGAAGCUAAAACUCUGCCUGUCAGUGAUCGCAGUCGCUCUAUGAGUAUAGCAGAGAGCAGAUGUGGUCGAUCUCAGUCUGUGGCAAGCAGUAACAGGUAUGUUGUCCUUGCCCCGAGGCGAUCAACCUCGGCAGACUCUCGGCCUAGGGAGGCCUGGCCAUCAUCGCCAGCCACAACUCCAACUGCUACACCAACUCACAGACAGACAAUUACUUCCUCUUUGAGAAGAAGGGACGAAUGCCUCAACUCAGAAGCAGCGACAGAUAGUGGCUGCGAUCUACGCCACGAUAGUGUAGAUACUGAUGGAGUAAGUAUAACUCCUGACUUGAGCGUGAGCACUGAUGGAGAAGUCAGUACAGCCAAACCUAACGUCGUAACCAAUAAUACCAGAGAUUCUGAUGGUGUGUGUGUGCUGCGUCGAUCAUCUUCUGUACCUGGCAAACCACCAGCUAAUCGAGAUUCUGCUUCUAGUAGUGACUCUGGUGUGUGCGAGUCACCAAGAGCUGUGGACCGUUUGCUCACAUCACAUUGUUUGCAUGCUUCUUUGCCGCGAUCGAGACGUCCACCGCAUCCUCAAAAUAAUGCACCCACAUCACAUUCAGGUGUGGCAGCAUCUUGUCAAGAGCUGGGUGGUGUUGCUGGAGUUGUCAGUGGUGGAGGUAGCAGCAGUGGCAGUGGUGAUGCUAAGUCCACUUCAUCCGGUGCCUCUGACAUGAGUGACUACCUCGACACUCUGAGUCUAUCUUCUUCUCAUUCUUCAUCUGAUCACGAUAGACUGCUGGCUCGAUCUUCUGUCAACACACUAAGGCCUCGUUCAGGGCGAGAGUACACGAGACUUGAUCGUCAUGGUCUUUGUCCCGAAAGCAAGACUUUACCAGUUUUGGGUGAAGCGCCUCCUCACUGAAGGGCAUUGCUGUAGAAGGUGCUAUUGGACCAGGAUCUCUCCGGGCCAGGUGCUACUUUGCUCUCCCACCUUCUUUAUCACCUGUUCUUUGCAACUGAGGCAGUUUGAGUGUCUCAGUACCUUUGUUUGGAUUUUGUUCUUGAGUUCAAAUGUGUAACGAAAUCAAGCAAAGAACUGGUUUACAGUGGAAGAAUUCUGUAUCCAAUCUAAUUCAUUCAUCAAGGACCUGGACUUGUUAAGUAUCCAAGAACUACUGAUGGCCUGGAAAGAUAUUUAGUUCCAGGACUGUUUUGACACUCGAAAACCUGUGGGUCCUGGCAAAAUCAAGGGUGAAGAUUUUUUAACUGAAACCACAAGAAAUUAAAGUCAUUCCAGUCCCAUUUGUAAGGAUGGGUGUAAUUAUUCUUAAAUGUGCCUGAUAAUAGCGUGUAAGUUUAUGAGAUCAAAACUUUCAUGGCUGGGCUAAUAGUCCUUCAAAUGACCUGGUGUGACCUUAAAACCUACUUUUUUAUGUCUUUGAUUUGAGGCAUCAUUAUAGUACUUCCUGGGUCCAUGUUAAACUUGUAAAUAUCAAAAUAUCGAGAGGUGGUUCAGCUUAAAAAUCCAAUAAGUGAAGCCCAUAUACCUAAUAUGCUACAUUGCCCACAGGUUCUCUUGAGAGCGAAUGGAAAAUGAGACAGCUUAGAAACAGUCCUGGGAGGUGGUUGGAAGGCAGUGUCCCUCCCUUCAAAAGUUUCCUCUGAUUUCUUCCGGGGCACUAACAUGCCCAGAAUAAGUGUUGACAGGAUUUAUUUUCUUCUUAUUAUUAUUAUGCAAUAUGUUAACCAUUCCGUUAUACUGUAUCUCGCUUCGUUAGUUUUUUCUUAUUUCCUUGUUACAACUGAAGGUUUUGUUGAUGUACAAAGCUUUGUGAUAUGUUUAUCUAGUGUUUUUUUUUUCCUAGUGCUCGCAGACAGCGACCAGCGAUGGUGACUGGAGCCUCUAGUCAAGAGGGCUGUAAAGCUGAUGGUUUGGGCUGCAUUGUGGGCGGAGACUCGUUUCCGAGAAUUCCUUCUCUUCUUUGUUGGGGGAAUGGAGGAUGAAUCAGGGUUUCUUCUGUUCUUAAAGAGCCCACCAUCCGAAGCCCAUAGUAAUAGAUAACGAAGGUUAUAGGAGGAAAGAGAGAUUGAGAGAGUGCGAGAGAGUUAGAGAGAAAACCAGGAGGUGAAAGGGAGUAUGAGAGGGGAAAGUGUCGAAGCGGUCAAGCCAGGAUAAAAUAGGGAUAAAGAUUUUUAGAUAGCUGAAGAACCAAAAGGAACGAGGGGUACAUGCAGUCUUCACCUUGUCCCCUGGUCGCAUUCUCAAAAAGCAGAAUCAAAAACAGAGUAACUGCUCGUCAGAUGUUUUGUGAAUGUGUUGCCGUGGUGCCUCGUUACGGACUUGAUACUUAAGACAACAUCGAAUUAAGAGGUAGAUGAUUUUUACUGUGAAUAAAUGGCACAUCUGAGGAGCAGUUCGUGUAAAAGGAAGUGAAUUUAUUAUAUGUACUGCCACUUCAAGUUUGCUCCUUUUAAAAGAUAUUUUACUUAAUCUUUCUGAUGCCAUCUUUUUAGAUACAAAACAGCCCAUUUGUAUUCAUUGUUCCCAAAUGGGGACAUCUAUUUUCACCAAAAGCAUAUGAAAAUGGCUGUAGGAUAUAGUUUCAAAGCAGAUUAUGUAAAGAGAGGAAAGGACAAAGAUGCUUGUGGAGAUUUUUACAUGAUGUGAAUGGCCUGAGUAAAAAUAUAAUCUGGUUGUUUGGAAGAUAUUUGUUGAGUCUACUGUGAGGAGUGUGAAAGAUGAUCAAGAUAAGAUGCCUGGUAUAUAUUUCCAAAGUUUAUUUAUAUGAAGAGCAGGGAAGGGUGGUGCCAGAGUAAAGGGAAUUGAGAGAGAGAGAGAGAGAGAGAGAGAGAGAGAGAGAGAGAGAGAGAGAGAGAGAGAGAGAGAGAAAAUGCAAUGAAGAGCAGAGAAGGGUGAUGCCAGAACAAAUGGAAUUCCAAGAGAGAGAGAGUAAAAUAAAGAGCAGGGAAGGUUGAUGCCAGAGCAGAUGGAAUGGCAAGAGAGGGAGAGAGAGAGAGAAUGCAUAUGAAAGGCAUGCUUGCACGCCUGUUGUUUAGCAGAAGUUGUUCUUGUUUGUCUGUGUGCUUGCAAGUUUCCAAUGCAUGGCACAAAUAUUACAGAGACUUACUGAGACCUAUCUAUACGACUCUCAGAUGUCAUGCGAAGGCGAUUAUGAUUUCCCAAGAGCUGGCAGUGAAAGACAAAAGUUCAAAGCCAGCAUAGACUCCAGAAUCCUGGAUUCCAGUUUCAUGAUGCUUUUGGUGCGAUUAGCGUGUGCACAGUCCUUUGGGAUUGAUGAUGCAAAGAUCAGUGGGAGUAUUUAAAGAAAAACUAUCCAGUGCGAUUUAUAGGCGACAUAACAGUGAUGACUGCAGUUUUCCCUCUUCCCCCGAAGCAAUUUUUUUUUCUGUUUUUUCCAGAACAAUAUAUCGAGUGCAGACUGGCAGAUUUGUAUGUAUUUAAUAAAGUAUUUUUACAGA